AUGUCAAGCGAUCAACAGGCUCACUCCGACGAACCCCCAGCCGUCAGGUCGCACCCGACCGACGCAACGGAAGAACAUCCCCAACAGGAGGGGGUUCGGGACGAGCGCCCCGCUGCGAUCUCGGAGCGCUAUUGGCGAUUGUUCAGCGACCCGGGUCUAUCGCCACCCAUCGCCAAUCCCAGCGGCCCGUCACCUAUGCCGCCCGAAGCCUUCUACGACCUCACACACCAGGUCCGGGCUCUUACGGGGGUGAUGCAGACCAUCAUCCCACUCGUCUCUCAUCCAACGUCUUCACACUCAGCCCUACCUCCACCAUGGCAACGGUCCGUCGCUCAGACCCCCGCACCGCUUCCCGUGUCCCCCGCUUCGCCUCCGGGAUAA